GGUUUAGUGGAUUCUUUACCACCAGAGGUGUUAUUGGUAGUGUUUAAACAUCUAGACGAUAUAUCGUUAUAUACAGCCGGUAAUGUGUGUACAAGAUGGAGGCAGAUUUUAGAUGGUGAAACAUCUGAGAAAGAAUGGAAACAUUUUAUACAAUUACGAUGGCCAUUAUUUCUUCCUCAAAAUCCUGUUAAAUGUUGGAAAACUAUCUACACCAAUUUACUAAAUAGUUCACCAUGUAGAUAUUGUUUAGAAAGUAUGAUGUUACAGAGUACACCACCAAUAGAAGAGAAUUCUUGGAGACACAGAAGAUUAAGAAGUGAAUUAAGAACAUUAAAAACAGAUCCACCAGAAGGAAUACAAGCUACACCAUUAGAUAGACAUUGUUGUCAUUGGCAGGCAUCAAUAACAGGUCCUCAUGGUAGUCCUUAUGAAGGGGGAAUCUUUCUCUUAUAUUUACAAAUUCCACAAAGUUAUCCAAUGAGACCACCAAAAGUUCGUUUUAUAACUAAAAUAUUUCAUCCAAAUAUUAGUCGUCAUGGAGAUGUAGGUCUUGAUUCUAUUCAUCACAAUUGGAGUUUAGCAUUAACAAUAUCUAAAGUUUUGAUAAGUAUUCAAUCAUUACUUACUGACCCUUUUGUUAGUGUUUGUAUGGAACCAACUAUUGGUAGACUUUACUUGUCAAAUACAUUAGAAUUUGAUCGCAUAGCUCGAAGAUGGACCUGGAAAUACGCUAUGCACGAUUUUAUGAUGCCAUGUUUUGUGGAUUUAGAAGGUGUUUGA